AUGUUAUGGAACUGGACCACGAUCGAUGCCUGCUUCCUCACCUCCUCGUGGCACAUCUCCACCGCUGGCCAAUUCGCCGUCUCCUGCAUCGGAGUCGCGUUCCUGGUGGUAGUCCUCGACUUCCUCCGGCUGCUGGGCAAGCAGUAUGAGGAGCGUCUGCAGCGACAAUUCCAACGACACGUCGCGGCGCAAACGGCGUCGGAGCGCAUGCAGUUCUUCUGCGGCGACUCGUUGGAGAAUGGGCCGACCAUCCUCACUUUCCGCGCCAGUCCCCUGCAGCAGCUGAUUCGGGCGCUGCUGCAUACGCUGCAGUUCGGCCUCGCGUAUCUCAUCAUGCUGAUUGCCAUGUUCUACAACGGCUACAUGAUCAUCUCCAUUUUCCUGGGGGCUUUCCUGGGGAAGGUGUUUUGCGACCGCGGCGAGUAUCGCGUGGUGGUGGCCAGACCAGCGUCGAGAUUAGCCACCACGGCCACCACGGCCACUGCUACUGUUACCGAUGUUGGGGCGGGAAAACAGGAUGAGUGGACGACGGGAUGCUGUGGGUAG